GAGACGAAACGAGUAGUGCGCCAUUAAUCCUGGUCCUAUAGCUGCGGAAAAACAACACCUGUUUGGACAACAACAUCAGUGUUACAUGUUAACUCAUUGGUUUUACAUGAGAAAAGUUGGAAGACAGAGCUUUUUGAAAUUUAUUCAACAUGGUAACCAAGAAGGAGGACACAUAGAAGCACACUUUCAACUCUAAGCAGAGUACUGCCAUGUACAGUAGAGACACUCCUCGCUGACUUUCGCACAGAGUUAUGGAGCUGAAGGUGUGGGUGGAUGGUAUUCCACGUGUAGUUUGUGGUCUAUCUGAAGAGACAUCUUGUCAGGAUGUAGUCAUCGCUCUAGCCCAGGCAAUAGGGCAAACUGGUCGCUAUGUGCUCAUCCAGAAACUAAGGGAUAAGGAACGGCAGCUUGUGGCUAAUGAACGGCCACUGGAGUCCCUGGCUAAUCUGGGCCAGUUGGGUAAUGAAGUGCAAUUUAUUCUACGCCGUACUGGCCCCACGAGCAGUGAAGGCAAAGACCAAGGUCGAGUCCCCCCCUUAUGCAGGCCUCCAGAUCCAGAGCCCCCGAAACACAGAGAGCCAAAAAAGGCUCUCACUUUUAAUCUGGGGCCCUCCACCUCACCCCGAACCCAUUUAAAACAUUUUGAAAAAUCACCCAGAGACUCUCAAGUGCCGAGGGUCUCCCCAUCUUCUUCAUCUUCCCUUGCCCAAGCUGGUUCAUCCAAAGAGGCAAUUUAUCAGCAGAUUCUUCGACAACAAGAGCAGCUUCAGGCUAUGCAGGCACAGCUAGAGACUCUAGAGGGGGAGCUUGGUGUUUGGGAGCGGGCUCCACCACCAACUUUUUCCCCGGACAUCCUUGAGGAAAUGGACUACCUACAGAAGGCUUUGAUGCAGAACGAGGAAGAAUUGGGCCAUGAACAUUACUGGAUAAGUGAAUUUCACUCUGAAGUUCAGAGAGAAAAAGACAUUUUUAAGAAAAGAAAUGAACUCCAUUCAGCCCUUGAUAAACAAAAUCGAAGGCUACGUGACACAGGCAACCAAUCGGAGCAGCUGGAGCAUGAUGUUCAGCUGCUUAUUGAGAGCAAGAGAAAUGGUUUGCAUCAAGCCAUGCCCAGUGUUGAAGAGUCUGUACUCAUAGUGAAGGGACAACUGGACAACCAGCAGUUACAAGGGGCUGAUCUGCAUGCAUCGGUUGAAGAGACAGAAAAGGUUUUAAGGCUGGCAGAUGAGCAACUGCAGGCUAAGAGCAAGGAGCUGGAUGAUCUGAACAAGGAGUUACGCCAGUGUAACCUGCAGCAAUUCAUCAAGAAAACAGGAGUCACCCCAGCACAAUUCAGUCAGCAAACAGAUGAGAUUGAUUUUGCUCUCCUCAAGCCUGAUGGACAGAGUGAUGAAGAUUCAAAUUCCUCCAUCUUGGAGUUCAACUCUCGCACCACUGCCAAGCAAAUUCUGGGGAACCCACGCAGCCUCCAGAACCCACUCCUCUCCAGCCUUCAUCCAGAGGUCUUGUCAUCAAGAGAGACAUCGUGGCAUUAAAGUCUGGAGUAUAAAGGAAUUAUUCACUGUUCACUUUAUAUUAUAAUAUUGUCUAUAUAAUAUUGUCUGUAUAUGUUAAUUAUAUUGUCUUUUGUACUCUUUGAAAUGCAUUUGUGACCUAACAAUAAGGCUAUGUAAACACAGUGCUGGCUUUGUAAUUAUAAAACAGAUGAAGAUUUUUUAAUGUAUUUUAACAAUCCACACAUUGUAUAUUUCUUUUACCUAAGACAUACAAAAAUAAAAAUAAAUUGUUAUAAGUUAUUGUUAUAAGGCUAUUAUCCCCACUGCAAAGCAUUAUGUCACAAUCAUACCCAAUUACAAGUUAUACACACAUAUUUUACAAUACACAAACACAUUUAUAAUUUAGCCACAAUAUGAAAAGCUUUUUUGAAACCGGUAUUACAUAUAUUUAUUUAAUUAAUUGUAUUUUUAUAAAAAUAAUAAAACAUUUUAUUUUUAGUUAUGAAAAUGUAUUUAUGCGUCAUUUACACACGAUUGUGAGCAAUAUGGUCUGAAACCUAACAUGUUACUGUGGUAAAACUCAAGACAAGCACAUCAGUAAAUAUUACAUAUUAUUACACGGUUCUCUGGAAAACUUCAAUAUGGUCAAACAUUUGUCUAUGAUGACCACCAAACUCUAGGACUGACUGUUGUCCCAAGGAACCCAUUUUGGACAAAGCUUCAUGCCUCUCUUAUCACUCCACCACCUCCUUCUUCUCACAUAAUACAUCAUUUAAAAUCAAAUGUAUAUGUCAUGUCCAUUGGUUUAUUUAUUUGGUAUUUAGUUGAGUAAUAAACAUGAUUGUACAGUGCACAAUAAUGUAAUGUACAGUAAUUAUUCAGAGUAGAGCUUGUACAUGUGACAGUCACUUGAAUAACAUGCACUGUCUAAAGCCAUGUAAAAGUCCCAGAUCACAACUUAAUGUAUCAUCUGAUUUUGUUUCUAUGUUUUUGUUUAUUUAUUAGAUAUUUUAGUUUUUUUCUGUUUCGUCAGCUGGACGAUCAACACCAAUUUAAACAACAGUAUACAACCCAUUACAGCCUUGUUUUUAUUCCUGUCAUAAUUUAUUUUAAGUGUCUUUUCGACCAACUCCUUUUAUAACAACAGUGGUUUUCAACUUGUGAACCCCAACCAAGUGGAUUAUUGUCCUUUGUAAAUAACCAUUAAAAUACAAUAUAUAAGUCAAAACUAAUUCAUAUAAUUUAAAUAUUAGAUAUAAAAUAUUUGAAAUGUCUAUAUUCUAGGUGUAUUAGGCUUUUUGACCAUUGUAACAUUAUAAUUUUUUUUAAAACAUUCUUGUUAGGCAGAAGCUUUUGUGGUUGAUGGCAGGUGCAGCUAUCGAGUCAGGUGUCACUCACAACCGAAUAAACUCA